AUGACACAAAAGCACAGUUAUCGCCUCGUGUAUUUUGACGCCGAAGGCCGUGGAGAGCCGAUACGACUCUUGUUUCACUAUUUCGACGUGGAUUUUGAGGAUGUCAGGUUGAAAAUGACGGACGAUUACAAGAAGGACGCCCCUUUCGGCCAGCUCCCCUACUUGGAGGUGGACGGCGGGAAGACGACGUUAUGCCAAACCAGUGCCAUCCUUAGAUACAUUGCCAAAUCGUUCAAGCCAGGAUUCGCCGGAAAGACCCGCGUUGAUGCCGCAAAAUGUGAUAUGGUGAUCGACACGAUCUGGGACAUGUUUGCCCAAGCACUGGCCGAACGGUUCGCGCCCACCCCGGAAAUCGCUGCCCAGAAAAAGGAGGAAUGGGACAAGGCUCGCCCGCAAAAGCUCGCCGUUUUCCAGAAAAUGUUGCGCAAAAAUGGGGGGAAGGUGAUCGUGGGGGAUGAGCUUACCUACGCAGAUCUGGUGUUUAUAUAUUUUCUCUAUCGACUACAGGAUGCCGAUGCGGAAGUGUUAGCCGAAUUUUCACUGCUCAAUGAAUAUUACAAUAAGAUUCUCCACCAGCGACCCGUCUGGAAAUACGUGCAAAAGGCGUGGAAGCUUGACCAA